CAGUGGCGACACUCGUUUCCGAAGGGGGAAGAAGACAACGAAUUUCCUACGGCCUCCCCGCGAGCGAGGUUCCCCUCCGAGAUGGCGGCGGCCGACGAUGUGUGGUGCCGUGAGACGGUGCCGCGAGUGAUGGAGCUGGUGAGCCCGCGGCUGCCGCAGCGGGACGCCUGCGCGCUGCUCGCUGUCAGCCCCUGGUGCUACCGCGUCCUCGUCGCCAACCCCAAGCUCUGGGAGGUACUUGAUCUGCGUGAGAUGAAGAAUCCCGGCGACCGACUUAUUUCAGCGCUGUCACUGGUAAGGUAUCGCCAUCUCAAAGUACUAAACCUUGAGUUUGCGCAAGAUAUUGAAGACCGACAUUUUAUUCAUCUAAAAGAAAUGAGUGGUAUCUCACUGGAAGAUUUAGAAUUCCUGAACCUAAACGCAUGUCAGAAAAUCUCUGAUAAAGGAAUUGAAGCUGUUACCAGUCUUUGUCCUAAUCUUCGAGGCCUUUCUAUCUAUUGGAUUGUUGGACUGUCAGACUCAAGCAUUGGGCACAUCACGAAGAAUUGCAAGCAGAUACUGGACCUGAACUUGAGUGGUUGUAAGAAUAUCUCAGAUAAAGGUAUGCGGCUAAUUGCUAAUAAUUAUCAAGGACUAAAGAAGUUGAACAUAACCAGGUGUGUUAAGUUGACAGACGAUGGGUUUCAAGAAGUGCUUCGGAAAUGUUCUUCUCUUGAGAGCUUGAACCUUUAUGCCCUUUCGAGUUUUACCGACAAGGUUUACAAGGAGAUUGGAUCUUUAGCUAAUCUUACAUUUCUAGACUUAUGUGGUUCCCAGAAUCUAACCGAUGAUGGUCUUGCUUGUAUAUCAAGAUGUGGAGGUUUGACAUAUCUCAAUUUGACUUGGUGUAUAUGUGUUACUGAUGUUGGGGUCGUAGCUAUUGCUCAGGGUUGCCGGUCGCUUGAACUGCUAAGUUUAUUUGGAAUAGUUGGGGUAACUGAUGCCUGCCUGGAGGCUUUGUCAAAAUCUUGCUCGCACAGUCUCACAACUCUUGAUGUAAAUGGCUGUAUUGGUAUUAAGAGGAGGAGCCGGGAUGACCUGAUUAAGCUGUUCCCGCUGUUGAGUUGCUUCAAAGUGCACAGCUAGCGAGGGCUCAAGAGUUUCUAUCCGCACUUUGGCAUUGAAAGUGUCACCGAAGGGUCUUGCUCACGAGUCAUGCUAAACUUCUUUCUGAACAAAGUUAUGUCUGUAAUGAUCCCAUAUGUAACACACUAUCUUCCAUUACUGCCUUAUUUGGACAAAUAAUUGAAGCCAAUCAUCAGUCAUCA